CAGUUUAAUUAGAAAAUGUGUAUCCCGGAUCUGCCGGGGUGCAGCGGGCAGAGCUCCCCCCCCGUGGACUUUGCCGGAGGCGUGGGGACAAACCCGAUCGAUUCGGAGCUUUCCCUGCUUCAGAAAUUCCCUUUUCUAACAACACCUCGGAGGAGGUGGCAGCACCGCUCAGCCCUCCAGGUCACCAACGAACCCAUCCUCGAGUUUAAGCCGGGGAGCCCCGAGCGAGCAGCACUUCAGAAGGCACUCGCAGACUUGAAGGGCAAGACUGAAGCCAUCCCAUGUGUGGUUGGGGGAGAGGAGGUGUGGACAUCCACAGUGAGGUACCAGCUGUCGCCAUUUAAUCAUGCACACCAGGUGGCCAAGUUCUGCUAUGCUGACAAGGAGCUCAUUAACAAAGCCAUUAAUGCUGCCUUGGCAGCCAGGAAGGAAUGGGACCUGAAACCUGUCCAGGACAGAGCUCAGAUCUUCCUGAAGGCAGCUGACAUGCUGAGUGGCCCGAGGCGAGCAGAAGUGCUGGCCAAAACCAUGAUUGGGCAGGGCAAAACUGUCAUCCAGGCAGAGAUUGAUGCUGCUGCGGAGCUGAUCGACUUCUUCAGAUUCAAUGCCAAGUAUGCCCUGGAGCUGGAGCAGAGCCAGCCCCUCAGCCUGGACAUCAGCACCAACAGCAUGGUCUACCGGGGGCUGGAGGGUUUCGUGGCAGCUGUGUCUCCUUUCAACUUCACAGCAAUUGGUGGCAACCUGGCAGGUGCUCCAGCAUUGAUGGGAAACGUGGUCUUGUGGAAGCCCAGUGACACUGCCCUGCUCUCCAGCUAUGCUGUCUACAGGAUCCUCCUUGAAGCUGGGCUCCCUCCCAACAUUGUGCAGUUUGUGCCAGCUGAUGGGCCCGUGUUUGGUGACACUGUGACAAGCUCUGAGCACUUCUGUGGGCUGAACUUCACCGGCAGUGUGCAGACUUUCAGGCUGCUCUGGAAGCAGGUGUCCCAAAACCUGGAUCGCUACCGCAACUUCCCACGCCUGGCUGGAGAGUGUGGUGGGAAGAACUUCCACCUGGUGCACAGCUCUGCCGACGUGGUCAGCGCCGUGAACGGGACCUUGCGCGCAGCCUUCGAGUACGGCGGCCAAAAAUGCUCAGCCUGCUCCCGGCUCUACACCCCGGACUCGCUGUGGCCCCAGAUCAAAGCGAAGCUGCUGGAGGAGCACGGGAAGAUCAAAGUGGGAGACCCUGUCCAGGACUUUGGAACGUUUUUCUCUGCAGUGAUUGAUGACAAGUCUUUUGCACGGAUAAAGAAAUGGCUCCAGCAUGCCAAGCAGUCUCCCAACCUCACCAUCCUGGCAGGAGGUGGCUGUGAUGACAGUGUUGGCUACUUCGUUGAGCCCUGCAUUGUGGAGAGCAAAGACCCCCAGGACCCCAUCAUGAAGGAGGAAAUUUUUGGGCCCAUCCUCACAGUGUAUGUCUACCCGGAGAAGCGGUAUAAGGAGGUGCUGGAGCUCAUCGACACCACCACUCCCUACGGCCUCACGGGGGCGAUCUUCGCCCAGGAGAAGGGAAUCAUCGAGGAGGCACAGACGCUGCUCCGCCACGCUGCCGGCAAUUUCUACAUCAACGACAAAUCCACGGGUGCCGUGGUGGCUCAGCAGCCCUUCGGGGGCUCCCGUGUCUCUGGUACCAAUGACAAACCCGGGGGCCCUCACUACCUCCUGCGCUGGACGUCCCCCCAGGUGAUCAAGGAGACCCACGCGCCGCUGCGGGACUGGCGCUACCCCUACAUGCAGUGAGUCCCUCCCCACACCUCCUCAUCCUCCAGGCACAGAGUGGCCCCACAGCUGCAGCCUCCUAAAGCACUUCAAGCUACUGAUCUCUCCAGCCUCACGGGCUUAGUUUUUAUUUUUAAAAAGGAAAAAAAAAAAAAAAUUAAUUGAUUAUUAAAUUGUUAACUC